GACUUCCAGUUUAUAUAUAUAUGGCAAUUACUCGUUGAUUCUUUUCAUUUAUAGCAACUGAGAAUCUCGUGUUGUGCAAAAAUGACUUCUGGAGCUCCGAACAUUCCUCUUCUUACGCCCUACAAGUUGGGAAAAUUCAAUCUAUCCCAUAGAGUUGUUUUGGCACCAUUGACUAGACAGAGAUCUUACAACAAUGUUCCUCAGCCUCAUGCUAUCCUAUAUUACUCUCAGAGAACGACCAAGGGGGUUCUUCUGAUAGCUGAAGCUACUGGUGUUUCUGACACUGCUCAAGGCUAUGUUGAUACACCUGGAAUAUGGACAAAAGAACAGGUGCAAGCAUGGAAACCCAUUGUGGAUGCUGUUCAUGCCAAAGGUGGGAUAUUUUUUUGUCAGAUCUGGCACGUGGGAAGGGUUUCAAAUUCAGGUUUUCAGCCAAAUGGACAGGCUCCAAUAUCUUGCACGGACAAGGGAUUGACCCCACAAAAUCAAAGUAACGGCAUUGAUGCUGCACUAUAUACACCCCCAAGGAGGCUAAGGACCGAUGAAAUUCCUCAAAUUGUCAGUGACUUCAGGCUUGCUGCGAGGAAUGCUAUGGAAGCUGGUUUUGAUGGGGUUGAAAUUCAUGGUGCCCAUGGUUACCUUCUUGAUCAAUUUAUGAAAGAUCAAGUCAAUGAUCGAACAGAUGAAUAUGGCGGAUCACUCGAGAACCGCUGUCGCUUUCCUUUGGAAGUUGUUAAAGCUGUUACUGAUGAGAUAGGGGCAGAACGAGUUGGGAUUAGAUUAUCACCUUUUGCGCAUCAUGCAGAAUGUGGGGAUUCCAAUCCCAAAGAGCUUGGCCUUUACAUGGUAAAUUCUUUGAAUAAACAUGGUAUCUUGUAUUGUCACAUGGUAGAACCAAGAAUGAAGACUCCUGUGGAAUCAGAACAAAUUGAGUGCCCUGACCGACAGAGUCUUCUUCCAAUGAGGAAGGCCUUCAAUGGUUCUUUCAUUGUUGCUGGAGGCUAUGACCGCAAAGAGGGCAACAAUGCAGUGGCUGAGAACCGGGCUGAUCUUGUCGCAUAUGGUCGUUGGUUCUUGUCCAAUCCAGAUUUGCCCAGGAGAUUUGAGCUUGAUGCUCCUCUCAACAAGUACAACAGAGACACAUUUUAUACUGCUGAUCCAGUUGUUGGAUAUACUGACUACCCAUUUCUAGAUGAAAGUUCUCAAGUCUCUAAUUGCGAAUGGUGUUUUUGAUAUCUGCUCUUCUAUAGUGCAUUGUAUUUGAACAUUCCAAUUUCAGUGGAAACUGUUCAUAUGUCAAUAAAAACCAUUGUGCACCUAUUAUGUACUUGUUUGUGCCUACUAUUUCUGUGAUUUGCAGGUGUAGCCACCGAUGGAUAAUAUUUCUAGAAUGAUGGUGAAUGCUUAUUGAUUUCUUA